AUGGAAGCAGCUGUGAUCCUAUCAAGGAUCCACUCGUCGAAGAUCGUCCCUUACAAAACGAACUUCCUCACUACCAGAGCCAAAAUUCGGUACAAGGUCAGCAUGGACACCAACCUCACCCACUCCGUAUCCGAUUUGGGCACAGCGAAAUCCAACUACAGCCUAGCAGGCGACACUAACGCCACCUUUUGGAACCGCACCGACAUCUUGCGCAAUCUGACCAACGUCGCUGAUUUCGAAUACGACUAUCAGAUGACCAAUGGCACUGUCGAGGACGAUUCUGCUUGGAGCAGCUGCAAAGAAUGGACGCCAGCCCAGCACAGUCUCUUCCAGAUGGCAAACUUUUUCUUCGCUGCAGCUUUCUUGGUGCCGGGAAGUUUCAAACAGAGUGUUCUUCUAGUCAGGGCUCUCUUAUCAAUGGGAUAUUUCUUCCUGACGAUAUGGGGUGGUGUAGAAGUAUGCGCUCCCGAUAUUUUACUGUGGAACUUGACGAUAGUCGUGUUGAACGCAGGUCAAACAGCCCUUCUGACUUGGAAGUUUCUUCCGCCGACGUUAACUUUAGAGUUGACCGAGUUAUAUCUCAAAGUGUUCAAACCAUUGAGGAUAAGUAAAAAGCACUUCAAGGAACUAGUUAAGGAUGCGAAAGUGAUGAACCUGGAGGAAGGUGACAUCUACGCCGUAGAGGAAGUUAGCCCUGCUGACGAGAGACUCUCAAUUCUGCUCAGGGGCAAGUUGAGGGUGACUUGCGACGACACCCACUUACACUUCAUCAGCACCUACCAGUUCGUGGACUCGCCCGAAUGGGAGGCCAAUCACGAGCAAUCAGACGACGUGUUCCAAGUGACGAUCGCUGCAGAAGAGGAUAGCGUCUACUUGUGCUGGUCGAGGAUGAAGCUAGAGCGCGUGCUGAGGCACAGGCCCAUGUUGAAGACAGUUUUCGAUUCCAUCAUAGGCAAGGAUAUAACGCAAAAGCUGUACGCACUCAACGAACACCUGAGCGGACUGAGCGAAGAGAGAGAAAGAGGACAGAGAAAAAUGUGGGCAAAAACCAAUAGCCGCAGCAUGUCGAUGGACGCAGUCAAUACCGGUACCACCGGGUUAGUACGCUCCCAAGCCUAUAGAACGAACCACAAGAAUCCAGACCGCGCUUCCGGAAAACCCGACCCCCAAUGCUGGGUGCCCCUGGUGGCGAAGCAGUUUCCCGCCAAGUCGCCCUUCAACCCCGCCAGCGUCGCAACGCCCGGCGUCGUCCGUCUCCCGGAAGUGCACGGGGCGGGGGGCAGCGCGAGUGGCAGUGCGGUGGUGGGGGGAGCAGGAGGGGCAGGAGGGGCAGUCCUGCAGAGGACGCGUUCAUCGAGACGCUCGAAUCGCGAGGUUAAGUUUGAGAGCAACAAGUGA